UUAAUCGAGAUGGCCUUUGACGUGAAACACUCACAGAAAUGGUACUGCGAAGUUUGUGAUAAACCUGCCAGUCUGCCAGACGACUUCUUGGAUGCACCUAGUAACGCCAUCCACACUAAGAGUCUACAUUCACAACAUAUGUGACUCUGGUAUAGGUCCCUGUUCUGAACAACUCAGGGUAGCUUAUAUCCGCAUGCAGGUCGAAAACUGUUCAGAGCCUAAUUUCCCCCCUCGUGAACCUCCUGCGAUUGAGGGACAGUACCCUCUAGCUGCGAGUUGUGUCAAGUGUAAACGCGAAGAAACUGCGAGGAGGGAUCUGCAGCGAUGCUCGAAAUGUAAGGUUACCAGGUAUUGUGGAAUACAAUGUCAAGCGGAAGAUUAGGUUCGUCAUAAGAAGAUAUGUAAAAUGUUCAAAGACGUUGCUUGGGUAUGAGAUUGAGAGAUAUGUAAUCAUCUCUAUCAUCUC